AUGUUAUUGUCAAGUGAAUCUUGGACUAAACUAUUUAUCCUAUGCAAUUGUAGUUUUAUAGCAUUCAGUAUUGUUCUGUUGGCACUCGGUAUUCAACCAGAAAUCACAAUAAAUCAAUUCAGUUCUAUUCUACACAGUGCAAAACCAAUAAUCUUCAUAGUUGUCUGUAUCUCAGGAGGUCUUGGUGUAUUAGGAUCAUGUGUUGGAAUUUAUGGAUACUUGAAACAACGGAAAAUCAUCAUAUAUUUGAACAUUUUUGUGUUGAUUGUUGUGACUUGUAUGUGGAUCGGUAUGGGAAUGAAAUUAGCUGUAGCGGAAGACGAGUUCCCCAAGUUAGCUAAUAGCUCACUAAGUGCUGCUGUUAAAGAAUAUACGACACAAACUGACUAUCAAAUGGAGCUUGACAAACUACAAAAAAAUUUUCACUGCUGUGGAUCAACAUCGUCCAAAGACUAUACAGCUCAUAAUAAGAAAGCACAAAUACCUUCUUCAUGUAAAUACAAUACAAUCGUAUUUUCCAAAGGAUGUACAACAGUAUUAAGUGAAUAUACACAACAUUAUUUAAAUGUAAUCAUGUAUCUAUGUUUCAUAUUCGGUAUUAUUCAAGUGAUCUAUUUGGUGAUGUCUAUUAUGAAAAUACGUAAAUUUGAAGAUGGUAAUUCUUUAUCGGCAUAA